AUGAUGUGGAUUAAUGGUAACCAAGCUGGAUUUGGCACUGUAAGAUCUCCAAGAUCAGCUAAGGCCAUUGAAGAAGUAGCCGACACCAUUAACGCACCUUGCUCUUCUCCAAAGAAAACUUCCAGUUUCCCAUUUUGCACUUCUCUUAACCUACCAGAGAGUGGAUAG